AUGGUAUCUCCCCAAUCUAUCCACCGCUCGCAACUUUACUCCUUCUCAGACGAAACCUUAGCAACGCUACGUAAAUUCAGAUUUGGCAGUGCCAGAAUCCCGAAGAUCCAGGCCGUUGUCUACGAGAUUGACAGAAAGACAUACGAAAUAAAGCCUGAAAAUGACGGCGAAGCCUUUGAGUCCUUUGAAGAUCUCAUUGAAGAGCUACCAGAUAACACUCCUCGAUACAUUGUUUUAUCCCACCCCAUGACGUUGAAGGAUGGUAGACAAUCCACACCGCUUGUGCUUUUAUACUACAGACCGAGAACCUCUACCCAGGAAACCAAGAUGUUGUACGCUGCCGCCGUUGAGCUCAUUAGAGAGAAAGCUGGUGUUGCCAGGUAUGUCACUUUGUCCUAUGCCGGGGGGGUCAUUGAGAUUGAAGAGGAGGAGGACUUUGAUGAGAUCCCAGAAAAGUUGGGUAAGGGUAUCUCCUCUUCCGCUCUUCCAUACUCCAGAAACACUCCAUCAUGGUUCAAGUCUUCCCCAGACUCCGUCAUUGAGCAAGUCAUCAAGUACGCCAGAAAGGGUUUGACUCCAUCCCAGAUCGGUGUUUCUUUGAGAGAUGCCCACGGUGUUUCCAAGACCCAGAUCAUCACUGGUAACAAGAUCUUGAGAAUCUUGAAGUCCAACGGUUUGGCUCCAGAAAUCCCAGAAGAUUUGUACUGUUUGAUUAAGAAGGCUGUCGCUGUCAGAAAGCACUUGGAAAGAAACAGAAAGGACAAGGACUCUAAGUUCAGAUUGAUUUUGAUCGAAUCUAGAAUCCACAGAUUGGCUCGUUACUACAGAACCGUCUCCGUCUUGCCACCAAACUGGAAGUACGAGUCCGCCACCGCUUCUGCCUUGGUUAACUAA